GCGGUGGCAGUAAUGCGCCUUUCCUGCAGUUUGCCGACUGACAGAGACGAAGAAGAAGCUGACGUGACGUAGCGGAGAUCGUGUUGUUCUUUCAGUGAUGUUAGCUAACUCUUUUAACAUUUUGCUCCACUUUUGCUGCUUAAACAAGCAAUAAGUAAUUCCAGGGUAAAUGUUCAGAUCGUUGGCUUGUCGCACGAUAACAACACACUCCUCGUCUGUUCGAGAGGAUUUAACAAGAAGAACUGUGAAGGAUCCUCAGCAUCAACAAUCGUGGAUGUAUACCUUUAUUAGAACACCCACUUCCAACUUUCACCGUUUUAGUAAAUGAAGAGGGUGAUGUAGUUUAAUCCGUUUUAUUGCUAGUAUACUUGGAGCACACCGAUUUUUGUUUAUUAGAAUUAUGACGUAAAAAGAUAAGUAAGUGGACAAACUGAAGCUAAUCAUCAACGAUGUUUGAUCGUAUGAUGUCAGUGUGGUUUUGGUUUGGAUCAGAUCGCAGAGGAUUCUGUCUGGGAACAUGUUUCUUGCUAACAAUCAUGCUGCUGAUGUAUGCGGGGGGCAUCCAAGCAAGCCUCAGUUUAGGUCCAGGUGGAGACUUCCCAAGGGUCAGAGAUGUGUUCCUGUAUGCUUACAGUCAUGAUGAGCUGCCCUCUCUUCUGAUCAGUGUUGUUUUCCUGCUGUUGGUUGGACCCUGUCAGGAGCGUCGCUGGGGGACUGUUGCCUUCCUCGCCCUCUCCAUCCUGACAUUGGUCAUAUUGCCUUUUCUUUACACCCUGGUCCUCUUCAUUGGAGGGGGUGAGGCGAGUCGGAUCUGUGGUUACUCUGCCAUCCAGCUGGCUCUGUUAACAGCGCAGUGUCGUCAGGUGACACAGAGAAGGCUGCUGAGGUGUUUACCAGUCUGGUUUCUCCCCUGGCUUGUUUUGCUGAUCGGUCUGCUUCUGCUGCCCGGGACACCUGCUCUGCUUCACUUCUGCACUAUCUGCAUUGGACACAACUAUCAUCAACCAUUUAUUGUGACGUUACAGGAGUUGGAAGAUUCAAGGGUCUUGGACUUCAUCCCUGAUUGGGCAUAUGUUUCAACAUUAUCCAGGCUAAGAUUGCCAACUUAUUCUACCUCACAGAGAUCUCAUUCUCAGAUGAUGCCUGGAGACAAUGCCAUUGCUCCUCCCUUGAGGGAUCCCUUGUUUUUUAACCACCACCCACAGCAGUAUCCAGUUCAUGCCUGGUUAACGACUGAAUCUGCUGCACAGUCUGAGUCCGAGGUGUUGGAGGAGCAGAUGCUGAGGGCAGGAAUACUGGCCUCAUUACAGGACGCACCUGACAACCCUGAUGCCAAAGUGGAGGUUCCUAAAUCGUCUGUUUCUUCUCUGCGACUGCAGCAACUGGAGAAGAUGGGCUUCCCCACAGAAAAAGCUGUUGUGGCAUUAGCAGCCUCCAAACAGCUAGAUGGAGCCAUUUCCCUGCUCAUUGAUGACAGUGUUGGAGAGCAGGCUGUGGUGGUAUCAAAGGGAAAGAGCCCAGUCCCAUCUCAGAGUACAUAGUUGGCAUCACACUCCCAGACUGAAGGACUGUUUGCUCUUGUGCAGUACACUGGAAAUAAUGCUUAGGUUUUGCUGAGCGUCAGUACUAGACUUCCCUGUGGGCUACUUAUACAAGUAUUUAAAUCAUCAACAUUUCAGUGAGGAAAAAAGUGUGAGGGAAGACUUGAGUUUAUCUUCUCUGUAUCAUUAAAAGCAAAUCAGAGAGAGUUAAUGUCAUUUAUUUCUGCCGUAAUCAUGUUUAAUAAACAAAUGAUGAGAGGUA